CCUACUCAUUCUCUGCAUGUUUUUCUAAGAGAAACUCAUCACCUCUUUCUAAAACAAAAGUAUAUCCAAUAUAUCUCAGAAGCAGGAGUCCCUUUUUCAUUUAUUAUUUCCUCCCCCUUCUUAGAGAAGGGGCAAACAUAGAAAGAGAAAAAUGGUGGAAAGUGAGAAAAUGAAUGAAACAAAGAAGCUGAGCAAGAGCUAUUUUGAUGUUUUGGGAAUUUGCUGUACUUCAGAAGUUGUUCUUGUUGAAAAAAUUCUCAAGAAUCUUGAAGGGGUUAAAGAGGUUUCAGUAAUUGUCACAACAAAGACUGUCAUUGUUAUUCAUGAUUCUCUCCUCAUUUCUCAGCAACAAAUUGUUAAAGCAUUGAAUCGAGCAAGACUAGAAGCAAGCAUAAAAGUGAAAGGAGAGAAAAACUACCAAAAGAAAUGGCCAAGUCCAUUUGCAAUUGGCAGUGGAAUAUUGCUUGGACUCUCAUUUUUGAAGUACUUUUUUGCACCUUUUCAAUGGUUAGCACUUGCAGCUGUUGCAGUUGGGAUUCCUCCAAUUAUUUUUAGAGGUGUGGCUGCCGUGCGAAACCUUACUCUUGACAUCAACAUUCUUGUUUUAAUAGCAGUGGCUGGAUCAAUUGCUUUACACGAUUAUUGGGAAGCUGGUACUAUUGUCUUCUUAUUCGCCAUUGCAGAAUGGCUAGAGUCAAGGGCAAGUCACAAGGCUACUGCUGCUAUGUCAUCACUGGUCAAUAUAGUCCCUCCAACAGCAGUUUUAGCUGAAAGUGGAGAAGUCGUAAAUGUUGAUGAAGUCAAGUUGAAUAGCAUUCUUGCUGUUAAAGCUGGUGAAACUAUACCUAUUGAUGGAGUUGUAGUGGAAGGGGAAUGUGACGUGGACGAGAAAACACUGACAGGCGAGUCGUUUCCAGUUUCUAAGCAAAUAGAUUCAACGGUCUGGGCUGGCACUACAAAUCUAAAUGGCUAUAUCAGUGUUAAGACUACGGCUUUGGCUGAAGAUUGUGCUGUGGCUAGGAUGGCGCAGCUUGUCGAAGAUGCUCAGAACAAGAAAUCAAAAACCCAAAGAUACAUUGACAAGUGUGCUAAAUAUUAUACACCAGCUGUUGUGGCUAUAUCAGCUUCUUUGGCAAUAGUUCCUACUGCAUUAAGAGUUCACAAUCGAAAUGAGUGGUAUCGCUUGGCUUUGGUCACAUUGGUGAGUGCAUGUCCGUGUGCACUCGUGCUAUCUACACCAGUUGCCAUGUGUUGUGCACUUUCAAAAGCAGCAACGUCCGGUCUUCUGUUUAAAGGAACAGAGUACCUUGAGACUCUAGCUAAAAUCAAAAUCAUGGCUUUUGACAAAACAGGGACUAUAACCAAAGGAGAAUUUAUGGUGACCGAGUUCAAGUCUCUGAUUGAUGGUCUUAGUCUCAAUACACUGCUUUACUGGAUUUCAAGCAUUGAGAGCAAGUCAGGUCAUCCGAUGGCAGCCGCUCUGGUUGACUAUGCGCAAUCAAAUUCUGUUGAGCCAAAGCCUGAUAAAGUUGAGCAGUUUCAAAAUUUUCCUGGUGAAGGGAUAUAUGGAAGAAUUGAUGGAAUGGAAAUCUAUGUCGGGAAUAGGAAAAUUUCUUCAAGAGCUGGAUGUACUACAGUACCGGAAAUAGAGGGUGAUAGUUUCCAAGGAAAGUCUGUUGGAUACAUAUUUUUGGGAUCAUCUCCAGCUGGAAUUUUCAGUCUUUCUGAUGUUUGUCGAAUUGGUGUAAAAGAAGCAAUGAGAGAACUGAAGCAGAUGGGUAUCAAAACCGCGAUGCUUACGGGUGAUUGUUAUGCAGCUGCCAACCAUGUGCAGGAUCAGUUAGAUGGAGCUUUGGAUGAAUUUCAAGCAGAACUCCUACCAGAGGACAAGGCAACAAUCAUUAAGGCUUUUCAGAAGGAAGCUCCAACAGCAAUGAUAGGCGACGGACUUAAUGAUGCUCCUGCAUUAGCAACAGCUGACAUUGGCAUCUCAAUGGGCAUCUCUGGAUCAGCUCUGGCAAAAGAAACAGGCCAUGUUAUACUAAUGACAAAUGACAUCGGAAGAAUACCGAAAGCUGCACGUCUUGCAAGAAGAGUUCGAAGGAAAAUAAUUGAGAAUAUGAUUAUGUCAGUCAUUACAAAGGCCGCCAUAGUUGCAUUGGCAAUAGCAGGUUAUCCACUGGUUUGGGCUGCUGUCCUCGCGGAUACUGGGACAUGCUUGCUAGUGAUUUUGAACAGCAUGCUACUUCUACGAGGAGGCACACGUAGACAUGGGAAAAAAUGUUGUACAUCUUCUACUUCUUCGCAUGCUCACCACCACAAAGACAAAGCUUCUUGUUGCAAGUCGGAAAAUGCUCCUCAGCAGUGUUGCUCUGAUAUUGAGUCACAAAAGAAAUGUACAAGUCAAUCAUGCUUGUCCGAGGUGUGUGUUCCAAGAUGUCAACCUGUAUCCUCAGGAUCAAAGUCAUGCGGAAGUAAUCAGUGCCCAGACUCUGUUGAAAAUAGUGGUUUUCAUUCUCAUCCCCAUCCUCAAUGCUGCUCGUCGAAGAUUGCUGCUAAAGCAUGCCAAUCUGCAGUUUCAGGAUCAAAGUCAUGCGGAAGUAAUCAGUGCCCAGACUCCGUUGAAAAUAGUGGUUUUCAUUCUCAUCCCCAUCCUCAAUGCUGCUUGCCAAAGGUGGCUGCUAAAGCAGGCCAAUCUGCACUUUCAGAAUCAAAGUCAUGUGGAAAUAACAAUUGCUCAGACUCCAUUCACAAGAGUAGUUGUCAUUCUUUAACAAACUCUCUAGUAUGUUCUUCCAAGAUGUCUGCUCCACAAUGUCAUUCUGCCACUUCAAGCGCCAAAUCAUGUGGAAGUACCAAGUGCUCCAACUUCAGUGACAAAAAAUGUUGUCAGUCCGACAAAGUUCCUCAAACGUGUUGUACCAAGAAGUCUGCUCCUGGAUGCCAAUCUGUAGUUUCUGGGUCUAAAUCAUGUGGAGAUAGCAAGUGUUCGGACUCGAGAGACAAUACUAGCCAUCACUCGCAUCCCGAUCAUCAAAUAUGCACGUCUAAGUUGUGUGCUCCACAAAGCCAAUCUGCAACUUCAAGCUCCAGGACAUGUGGAAAUACAAAGUGCUCGGACACCAAUAGCAAGAAUUCUUGUUAUUCACAUACCAACUCUGAAUCAUGCUCUUCAAAGAUGUCUGGUCCAUCAUGCAAAACUGCUAAUUCAGGUUCAAGGUCAUGCGGAAGUAAGAAGUGCCUAGACUCUGCAACCGAGAACAGUUUUCAUUCACCACUUACUAAUCCACUCUGUGGGGAAAAGCUUUUGGAGCAGAAAAGCUUGGAUUUAGUCCGAAAAGAUAAGGAAUCAAGUCAUGAUCUUAGUCAUGGCUGCUCUGACAAGGAACAUGAUCAUCCAAAUGUAGACAAGGCAUAUGAUAGGUGUGCCUUACAAGAAUGUUGUUAUUCGGUUCAAGGCAACAAAACUGAUGUAUCAGAAACUGGAAUCCAGGAAACUGCUCAUUGUGACAGCACCAAUCAAACAUGCCAAACUGCAAUUUCAGGAUCAAUGACAUGCGGAAAUAAUAAGAGCCUCGACUCUCUAAGCAUCCAUGGUUGUCAUUCGCAUGAUAAUCCACUCCACAAGGAAAACAACUUGGAGCAGAAAAGCUUGGAUGUUGUUGGAGAAGGUAUAAAAUCACCUCAUGCUGUCGGUCAUGGCUGUUCGGACAAGGAACACGAGCACUCACAUCCAGAAAAGGCGUAUGACAGUUGUGCAGCAGAUGAUUGUUGUUUUUCAGUUCAAGUCCAUGACAUUGCCGACGUAUCAAAAAGUGAAAUUCAAGAAACUGCUCAUUGUGACAGCACAAAACAGAGCAUUGUCAUCCCCAGCAGCUGCAAACAUGAACCAAAAGAUCAGGUAAAUCACUGUGGAUUUCACUCUAAAAAUAUUCCAACUGAUGAAGAACUAGCCAAGCUGGUUAGAAGAUGCUGCAAAUACAAACCAUGCCACGACGUCCGUUCUGGCUGCAGGAAGCAUGCUGCAGAAUGUGGUCCAACCGUUGGAUCAACCAUCAAUAUCUUACGGGACAACCAUCAUCAUCAUCUAGACUGCAGUGGCCGUAAGGUUUGUUCGCCGUUGGAGAAGAGACAUAUUGGUGGAUGCUGUGACAGCUUCAGAAAAGAAUGUUGUGCUAAGAACAAUCUCCUUGGAGCAAGUUUUGGAGGAGGUUUAUCAGAAAUUGUCAUAGAGUAGAUGCAAGCUGAAGUGUACAUAUGUUGUGAACUUCCUACCUAUUUUAUCUUCAAGAAGUUGAGCUGCUAAUUUGAACAAAGCUUUUGCAAUGGCUUGUAUAUUUAUCCUAAAAAAUGGCUUGUGUAUUAUUGAGUUUUCACAAAGUUGAACACAUCAAUGUGAUUUGCAUGAAAAAAUCAGCUCACAUUGAAGGCCAACUAUGCUUUUUUAUAAACAGUUAACUCCAUUAAGCCUA